AUGAUUAUAGAUAUACAUAAAACUGAGUAUUUGCUGCAGCAAGCUAAGUUGCUGCAGCAAAUGUACUGCAGCAGCAGCAGCAGCAGCAGCGGAGACAGCAGUAGCAGUAACGGAGACAGCAACAGCAGCGACAGCAACGUCAAUAGCAACGACAGCAACAGCAAGGGUAGCAGCAGCAGCGGCAGCAACGACAGCAGCAGCAGGAGCAGCGACAGCAGCAGCAGCAGCAGCAGCAGCAGCGAUGGCAACAUUAAUAAUAGCAGCGACAGCAACUGCAGCAGCAGCGACAGUAACAGCAGCAGCAGCAACAGCAACGACAGUAACAGCAGCAGCAGCAACAGCAACGACAGCAGCAGCAACAGCAGCAGCAGUGACAGCAGCAGCAGUGACAGCAGCAGCAGCAGCGACAGCAACGGCAACGUUAUGUGCAGCGGCAGCAGCGACAGCAACGGCACUAGUAGUGAAAGCAAUGGCAGCAGCAGCAGCGACAGCAACGGCAGCAGCAGCAACAGCAACGGCAGCAGCAGCAGCAGCAGCGAGAGCGACGGCAGCAGCAGCAGCAGGGAGAGCAACGGCAGCAGCAGCAGCAGCAGCGGCGACAGCAACGGCAGCAGCAGCAGCAGCAGCAGCGACAGUGCGUGCAGCAGCAGCAGCAGCAGCAGCGACAGCAACGGCAGCAGCAGCGACAGCAGCUGCAGUAGCAAUAGCAGCAGCAGCGACAGUGCGUGCAGCAGCAGCAGCAGCAAUAACAAUAGCAGCAGCAGUGACAGUGCGUGCAGCAGCAGCAGCAGUAACAGCAACAACAGCAGCAGCAGCAGCAAUAACAGCAGCAGCAACGAUGACAGCAGCAGCAGCAGCAGCGGCAGCAGCAGCAGCGGCAGCAGCAGCAGCACGGGAGAAAAGGAGACAGCUCCUUAUGAAUAG